AUGAGAGGCAACUGGAAAUCCGCCUAUGCAAUCCUACUUGACCAACCCGCCUUAUUAAUCUCACCAAUUAACGUUAAGGAGCAAACCAUUCUUCACAUCGUUGUUGCAUCCAGGAACGUACAAUUCGUCAAAAAGCUACUUCAAGCCUACAAGGACAUUAACAACAACAUUAACGACCUAGCCUUGAAAGACAACCGUGGCAAUACAGCUUUUUGUUUUGCCACCGCUUCCGGAUCCGUUGAUAUUGCUCUCGAACUCAUAGAGAGGAAUGCAACUCUUCCAACCCUUCCAGGGUGUGAAGGACUCGCUCCAAUCCACAUUGCGGCUUUGUUUGGUCAAACAAAGAUGGUUCAAACCCUUUCAAAAUAUUCGAGCUUCGACAGCUUAGGCUAUUCACUCACAGAACAUGGACACCUAUUUCUUGCCAUCGUAUCAGCUGAGAUAUUUGGCCAAAACAUGAGGAAGCUUGUGAAGGAUGGUUUCAUCAUCAUGAAGCCAACAAAGAUCCAUUCAUUCACACGCCAAGAGAAAAGGACGUCACUCUGGUUACGGGUUGCCAACAAAGGUAUUGUGGAUGAGAGUCUUGAGCGUCUUCUGAACAAGUAUCGAGAGACCAAGAAGCUUUUGAGGCUAAGAACAAGGCUGGCCGAGAAAGGAAACAUGCUCGGAGAGAAGAGCGUGGGUCGUGGAGGAGGAGAUAUACAAGCUACUGCACCACCACCUGCGCAAACAGCAGUGGUACCCGUAAAAAAGAGUCUAAGAAAUACAUAA